CUCGCUAGUUGCUGUGGUCGGGUUGGCUGCCUGCCUCCUCUUCUUGCGCUCCGCCGCUGCCUCCGCCGCCACCGGCGAGCGCAGUGCGAGCGCCGCUGGCCCAAGUGAGGCAGAUGACGGAACGAGCUCUGGCGCGAGGAGGAGGCCGCUGCCAGCUCGAGAGAGUCACCGGGCAGGAGCGGAAUCCCCUGCAGCCGCAGUCCCUCUGCCUCCUCUUGCUUGCCUCGCCAUUCCUCCCAGCCGGCUGGGAAAUGGGACCAAUAUGAGUCCCGAGCUGCCGCCGGAGAAGGAAGAGCAGGCGGCGGCAGCUGAGGCGGCACCCGCGGCAUCAGCGGAGGAGGAGGAAGGAGGCGGCAUCUGCAAAAAGAGAAGUAGCCGCAUUAUGCUGGUGAAGAGGAUCAGCGCGAAGCUGGGGGGCAGCAGCUCGCAACAAGGUAUUGGCCAUCCUAGUGUAUACCAUGCAGUUGUCGUCAUCUUCCUUGAGUUCUUUGCUUGGGGUCUACUUACAACUCCUAUGCUCCUAGUCCUACAUGAAACAUUUCCUCAACAUACUUUCCUCAUGAACGGUCUCAUUCAGGGUGUAAAGAUUAUAGAAUGGCUUAAUAUGAUUCCUUUGAGACACAUUGAACUCAGUGAAGUCUAUACUGUGAGAUGGUGGUACUUUGCUAUGAUUUCUGUCUCUGGAGUUUUUUCAGUUACCUUCUCUGUAAUAUUUGCAUAUGUAGCUGAUAUUACCCAGGAGCACGAGAGAAGUACUGCCUAUGGAUUGGUAUCUGCCACAUUUGCAGCAAGCUUGGUAACCAGUCCUGCUAUUGGAGCUUAUCUUUCUGCCAGCUAUGGAGAUAACCUUGUUGUACUUGUGGCCACUGUGGUAGCUCUCUUGGAUAUCUGCUUCAUCUUGUUAGCUGUCCCAGAAUCUCUCUCUGAAAAAAUGAGGCCUGCUUCUUGGGGACCUUCAAUUUCAUGGGAGCAAGCAGACCCUUUUGCGUCUCUGAAGAAAGUGGGAAAAGAUUCUACAGUCUUGCUGAUCUGUAUCACAGUCUUUCUGUCAUACCUUCCUGAAGCUGGACAGUAUUCUAGCUUUUUCCUCUAUUUAAGACAGAUUAUAGGUUUUGGAUCAGCUAAAAUUGCAGCAUUUAUUGCCAUGGUAGGAAUCCUGUCCAUUAUAGCUCAGACGGUAUUUCUUAGCAUCUUGAUGAAGUCAAUAGGAACUAAGAACACUGUUCUCCUGGGAUUGGGUUUUCAAAUGUUCCAAUUGGCUUGGUAUGGUUUUGGAUCUCAGGCAUGGAUGAUGUGGGCAGCAGGAACUGUAGCAGCAAUGUCAAGUAUUACGUUUCCAGCAGUCAGCGCACUUGUUUCACGAAAUGCAGAGUCAGACCAACAAGGAGUUGCCCAAGGAAUAAUAACUGGAAUUCGAGGUCUGUGUAAUGGCCUUGGACCAGCUCUGUAUGGCUUCAUAUUCUUUUUGUUCCAUGUGGAGUUAACGGAAUUGGAACCUGAUGAGAGUUCUGAUAAAAGCACCAUUCAAGAUUCUGACAGUAAGGGAACCAUUAUUCCAGGUCCACCUUUCCUGUUUGGUGCAAUUGCAGUCCUCUUGGCUUUCCUGGUUGCCUUAUUCAUCCCCGAACAUAGCAAAGCCAGCAGUACAAGGAAGCACAAUAACAGCAUCAGUGGCAACCUGACCACCAGCCCAGAACGAAGCAGUGAAGAGGACAUUGAGCCCCUGCUGCAAGAUAGCAGUGUCUGAGAACUCUGUUCUUGUGGGGAGACUGCACAUCCAUGUCCGGAGCUGUGAACAUUGUAGGAAGAGGGGACUCCAGCAAGCUUACCGCUCCAGGGAACCAUGGAAAGGGCUGAAAGAAUAUGAAAACCGAGGGGCCCUGCAGAGGUGAUAACUAGUACCUUCCCAGGGCUGAGUUUUAGAGACUGAUCUCCCCCCCUUCCCCUUCCCAUUCUGUUGGUAUAUUAGGAACAAUUUGACAUUCUUAUCUGCAAAUGAUAUGCACCUCUAAUGGUGGUCCAGAGCCCCGAUCUGGAAACUCCCAGGGCAAGGGCACCUCUGUAGCAGAGAGAGGAGUUUGACUACCUUUAAAAGGAGAAAUGCAAUUAGUCAUGAUGACUACAACCUUUCGAAAUCCCUUGAAGCAAGCUAUGUAGGCUUCAAACUAGGCUACAUUUCCUUUACAAGAGACAGUUAAGGUUCCUUUCUGUGUUUCUGCUAGUUUCCUUGAAUGUAUAUCCCAUUCAGUCUACGAGGUUUGGGGAGGGGGUAACACAAUAGUCCCUUUUAGGAAGGGAAUCAUCUUUACAUCAAUUUGCAGCAUCCUUAUUUCAUCCUUCUGAGGUCUUGACUACAGCAAAAUCCAUCAUGCCAGUGGGUAGUAAUAAUAUAGAGAGCAAUGAUGUAUUUUUUUUCUAAACCUAGAAGAUGUUUUUUAAACAGAUCAUGUAGAACCACUAAAUUCUAGGACCGAUCCAAAGUGGUUUCAAAAGGAAAAAAAAAGUUCGUAGGGGGCACACUGAAUAUAAGUUGGUAUUACUUGUCUCCAAGGCUCAGUAAAUGUGAACCUUCCGAAGUGUGUGUGGGACUAAAUCACUGGGUACUGAGGGAAUAUUUAUCCAAGUUCACACACAGUUAUUAUAUUGGUACUCAGUUCUCUCUUCCCAUCUCCCCUAACUGACCUGUGAAAUCUUUGUUCCCAUUAAUUGCACUACUGCCUUAACUGCUCUGUAAUGUGCAUUUAUUAUCAUAGUUAGCCUUCAUAUCAAUUCUUUUUCCCCCUUGCUCAAUCUCAUGGGAACAUUCAUGUAAAAUUCCUUUCUGAAAGAGUGAUGCUUUAGUGGGUCUAGUUUCACUACAAGUUCCUCGGUAACUUUUUGAGAUGUUUUAUGGGGAGAAAAUAUAUGAAUUUAUAUGUAUUUUGCUGCACCAUUAAAAGGACCAUUGAACAACACCCAACUCUAAUGAAGCACUCCUAUGAAUGUUUUAUAUGUAUGAAAUAUAUGUAGAUAUUUGUAAGGAGUUUUAAUUUUUUUCCUGAUGGGGUGCUGUGUAAAUCUUGUAUUUAUAAAUGUAAUGAGGGUAUUGACUGAAAAAAUAUAUAUAUACUGCUUUUAUAAAACAAUUGUGUACUGACUGAAUACAUUUAAAAGAAAAAUAUAUUUUGAAACAUGUUCUGCCUUGAAAAGAGGUAACAGGCUUUUUGUACUCUGCUCUUGGUUUUUAAGUGAAUAAGCUUCCUAAUGCAUAAUAAAUUGACAACUUCAAUGUU